AUGAAACCCAGUGUCGAAACGGAGCCGGUCUUACACCGGCGGUCGCGGAGCACAUCUGCGCAGUCGGCGCUCACUGGUACCGAAGUGAGUCGGCAGCCGGGUUUGGAAAGCGCUGGCGUUCUCGUUCGCAGUCGUUCGCUCUCUCGGAGCGAUUUUGCGCUCGCUGGCGACUUGCUGAAACCCAAAGAUUCUGGACGAGGAGCGGUACUCGGAGCAAGAACGAGUCGUGCUCCUGUACGGGGGCGGCAGCGCACGCAGCCCUCAGGUCACGUCGCCGAUCACACCGACGUCUCCGUGGGCUGUUCGGCGAGCACUGAUGUGCUCGAUAUGCGCACCAAUCCAAGCGUCUGUGUCGGCGAGCGAAGAGCGAAUCUCUGGGUUCUCGUCACUGCGGUAACUGCGGUGCUUGCGCUCGGCGUCGUGCUGCUCGUGCUACACAAACAGGUCGCGUUUGCGUUUUCUGCGGCUGUAUCUUGGAUGCGAGGUCUUCCAUGGCCACUGCGACUUGUUAGUUACGCUUCCAUGUAUAUCAUACUAGCCGCCCUUGAGUUUCCUGCCUGGCUCAUGGCGAUCGGCGCGGGUAUGCUCUUCGGCCUCGUCUGCGGGAUUGCGGUUGCUCUGUGCUGCCAUCUGGCCGCUGCGCUGCUCUGUCUGUACACGUCUCGCUAUUAUCUCCGCGAAAGAAUGGAGCGCCUGAUUGAGAAUUCGGAACGGCGCAACACGUAUUUAGCGGUCAAUCGGGCGCUAUCACGUCAGGCGUUACGCUUCGUGACCCUCAUGCGGCUGAGCCCGCUGUUUCCGUUCGCCUUAUCUUCCAUGGCUAUGGGCGUGUCGCAGGUGCAGAUUGGCUCUUUUUGUCUAGGUACAAUUCUCGGCAUUCUGCCUGGCAUCAUUUUGCUUGUGACGAUCGGCGCGCAGCUGCGUUGGUCGACGAACCCCGCGAAACAGAACGGUGCAGACGUUGUCACUGAAGCCGAUGCUGCACUGGCUAGGCACCGCGGCCCCAAAAAUCUCCUACGUUUAUUAAGUAUAGGUUCGAUGAUUUUGUUGAUUAUGAUGAUUACCAGAGCGGCACAGAGAGCAAUCCAAGAUGAGUUGGAUCAUGAGAGCCUUUCAGAAGCAGAGGACUGUGAGCAGGCUGUCGACGACGAACAAGGCCGCUUUCCGAACGCAAACGAUGCGAAUGAUCAAGGUACUGAAUCCAUGCGGCUCUCUGCCCCGUGA